AUGUCUUCCACUCAAGGAACAAUGACAGUGACGGGAAAAUGGAUGGCUCGCCGCAAAGCUGAUGAGGCUGAGAAAGAAGCAGCGGCACAAGAGGAGCGAGCGAUGUCACAUCAAGAGGUCGAGAAACAAACUGCAGGAGUUCUAUCAGGUGGGAAAAGAGCGGGUGCCAAAGUGCAUAAUCCUCCAAGGCCAGUCUCGACACAGUCGCCUUUACCCUCGCACCAGAGCGACGUGUCUGGCCCCGACUCACCGUCUCACGACGACAAUUCUUCUACCGGGCGAUCCCUGACACUCACCAUCUCAAGGCUGGAAGAGGACCUGAGGAGUGAAAAGGAACAGCAUGCACAGUGCGAGGAGAAAUUGAAAGACGCCGAGGCCAGAAGGGACGACUUGGAGAGGGCCCUCAAAGACGCCAGGCGCGAACUCAAGGUCGCGACAGGCGCAGGCGACGAGGCCGAGUUUCGGACGCGAGAACAGAUAAGAGACCGUCUGAUGGGACAGCUGGACCAGGCUCAGGACGAAUGCGCGGCGCUGCGCAAGGCGCUGGGGCAGUCGAGAGUCAGGAUCGACGAGCUCGAGAAGGAGAACUGGGAUAUGAGACGGGAGAACCGGAAUAUGCAGAGAGAGCGCAACGCUGCGCCAAAGGAUAUUGACCCGAAGGAGAACGUGGAGAAUGAGGCUCUGCAACCGAAACCGUCGUCUCUCCCACUAUCGAAGACGAAGAGGCAGGGGGGUUAUACCGUUGGAGGUAAACUAAUCCAGUUCGCGGAGUAUGCGGCAUGUAGAAAUCAGGGGCAGGGUCGAGGGGCGAGGUAG